AUGGUUGGGGAAGUUAGCGAUGACGUGGACUCAGGUGACUUUGAAAACAUCUGAUUUCAGUGUUGUAUUUUCAGACAGAGGGAAUUCUCACCAGUCAUUGUGUCUGUUAGUCAGACCUCAGGACCACCUCCAUAAAUAACUCCAAACCCCAACGGCAAUAUUGCAUCACUUUGUUAGCUAAUCUUUGAUUAUAUUAAGUGCUAUAGCUGAGCUCAGUUAUUUUUGGCAAGUUUUUCCAAUUGUGAUUGGUUUUUUUUUGCCCAACUCUAUCCCCUAUUUUCAGAGGACAACUUUAUUACUAUAAUGAAUAUAUUUUUUUAUCAUAUAUUUGUAUUCCCAGAAAAUGGAAGAUGAAACAUUAUAUAUAUUGUAGGUUUCUCAUGGUGUUGGUAUUUGUUUUCUCCACAGUAAACUCCAGAGAUUCUGAGCCAAGGCACCGGUACGCCACACCAUCCACUACCAUGGCGAACCAGGGCCCUACCAACCCGUCCCAUGCCUUGUUUGACCAGUUCGUCCAAGCCCAGACCUGUAAGGAGGUGCAGCGUACCUUCUCAGAGCUCUGCCACCACCUACAGGUGGACCCCAGUGACUACCAGAGCUUCUACACCAAGCUCAAGGAGAGGCUCAACUACUGGAAGGCGAAGGCCCUCUGGGUCAAGCUGGACAAGCGGGCCCAACACCAAGACUACCAGCAAGGCGAAGUCUGUGCCAAAAACAAGGUGUGUAUUUAUUUAUUCUCAUUUAAGAGAAGAAGAGGAAUACUCAAGAAGUUCUCUGAAGUAAAAUACAUUUGUACAAAGACGGUGGCUAUGUAGCGUGGUUAAGGUUUCUACAUCAGUGUUGUGUAUCUACAGUGGCAGAGUACUGUCUGCUUUUAAUAUUAUCAAGGUGCAUUCAGCAACUGCAGAGCUUAUUCUCUCUUUCCUCAUUUCUUCCUUCCUCUUUUUUAUUUCUCUUCUCUCUCUUUCCCCUCUCUCUCCUCAGUGCCUGGUGCUGGGUGCAGGGCCGUGCGGGCUGAGGACAGCCAUAGAGCUGGCUCUGCUGGGGGCUCAGGUGGUGGUACUGGAGAAGAGAGACUCUUUCUCCCGGAAUAACGUGCUGCACCUGUGGCCCUACACCAUCUACGACCUGCGUGGGCUGGCUGCCAAGAAGUUCUACGGCAAAUUUUGCACGGGGGCUCUGGAUCACAUCAGUAUGUCCACCACUGCCAUACUAGAUCAACCUGAUUUCCUGGUGUAAUAAUACCAAUCAUAUUUAUUUAUUUAUUACGCAUGACUAAAUCAAACCUGUCUCUUAUCAGUUUGCUAUGAUGCUAUUAAGGUUAUUGAACAUAGUGUAUGAGUAUGUGUCUGUAUUAUCAGGCAUCAGUCAACUGUUUAAAUUUAAGAGGAUCGUUUUAAUUCCCUGUGUGACAAUAUCAUACAUAUUUGUACGUGUCUGUAUCCUUCAGGUAUCCGUCAGCUCCAGCUGAUACUGCUAAAGGUGUCUCUUCUCCUGGGGGUGGAGGUUCACACAGGGGUGGAAUUCAAAGGCUUUGUGGAGCCCUCAGGUGCCACAGGUACAUCUAGACCCUCCCCCCGUUCCCUCCGUGUAUUAGAGGAAUAAAAUACUAAAUAUUUACGUGGCAGUAAAAGCUUGUAGGGCAGUUGAAAUAAUUUGUCCGAAGUGUUCAGUAUGAGUGGAAAUAGACGUUAACUCUGCUCUUCAUGUGGCUUUCCCUCUGUUGUUGUCUGUCUCCAUCAGGCUGGAUGGCCAAGAUGUUUCCUGACAAUCACCCUGCUGGGAAGUUCCAGUUUGAUGUCUUCAUAUCUGCAGGAGGAGGAAGCUUCGUCCCGAAUGGUGAGGAGAGAGGACACACUCACACUGUCAUCCUACUGAACAGACUGUACACAUUGUAGACCAGUGUAUUAUCAUAUGACUUCAUCCCUGAUGGUGAGGAGAGAGGACACACUCUGCUGUAGCUCCUAUACAAUGGAUUUAUUCAACUGAAACACUCAAUUAUAUGCACCUGAAUUCAGGCUGCAUGCGCUUCUCCUCAAUAUGCACGUCUUUAUCCCCACUCCCCAGGCUUCAGGAGGAAGGAGCUGCGAGGGAAGCUGGCCAUCGGCAUCACGUGUAACUUCAUCAACCGUCACACAGCAGCCGAGGGCCAGGUGGAAGAGAUCAGCGGUGUGGCCCGCAUCUACAACCAGAAGUUCUUCCAGGACCUGCUCACAGAGACAGGUAGGAUUCUAUUCUAUUCUACGACCUGAGUUUGGGUCUACUGAGCGCCAACAUUCACAUUUACAUUUAAGUCAUUUAGCAGACGCUCUUAUCCAGAGCGACUUACAAAUUGGUGCAUUCACCUUAGGAUAGCCAGUGGGACAACCACCCUUUUUUUCUUUGUCUUUUUUUUAUGGGGGGGGGUGGGGGAGGGGGGGGGGGGGGGGGUAGAAGGAUUACUGUUAUACUAUUCCAGGUAUUCCUUAAAGAGGUAGGGUUUCAAGUGUCUCCGGAAGGUGGUCAUUGACUCCGCUGUCCUGGCGUCAGAGCAGUGAAUAGCUUUGACUGGGCUGAGCGGGAACUGUGCUUCCGUAGAGGUAGGGGGCUAGCAGGCCAGAGGUGGAUGAACGUAGUGCCCUCAUUUGGGUGUAGGGUCUGAUCAGAGCCUGAAGGUAAGGAGGUGCCGUUCCCUUCACAGCUCCGUAGGCAAGCACCAUUGGUUUGUAGUAGAGUACUUCUACUGGUGGUUCCUGUGUAAUGAUGCUAUUAUCUUUGAUGCACCCUGUCUUCUGUGCUCCGGUGCUGUUUCACUUGUCUUGUCAUUGUCUUGUAACUAGUUUAUUUCACUCAUUCAUUCCCUCUUUAUCCCCCUUCUCUUGGUCGCUCUCUCUCUCUCUCUCUCUCUCUCUCUCUCUCUCUCUCUCUCUCUCUCUCUCUCUCUGUGUGUGUGUCUCCCUCUCUCUCUCUGUGUUUCUCUCUCACUCUUUGUGUCUCUCUCUCUCUCUCCCUCCAGGUAUUGAUCUGGAGAACAUAGUCUACUAUAAAGACGACACCCACUACUUUGUCAUGACUGCCAAGAAGAAGAGCCUGUUAAAGAUGGGGGUCAUUAAACAGGUGAGGAAAACACAUCCAUUACUACCAGCAGCAGCAGGUCCAUACUAGGCCUCUAGAGGUCAGAUAGCUAGCAACAAUGACAAGAAGCUGCCAUGUGUGGAAUCGUAGGUGGCUCGUUUCAGCUCGUAUCUUGUUAUUGAUACCGUGUCUUGUUUUGAGGUGUUUUGACUGAUGUCACGUCGAUGCUAAUAUGGCUAAAAUUAGCUAGCUAGCUAACCAACAACUGUUAUGAUGUAUUUGAGAGACAAGAAGUACUCAUUGUGCAAAUGUAUUUAUCCAUCUCUGGCUCCUCUGACCUCUGACAUCUGCAUCCUAAUAUAGUCCUCCCCACAGGCUGGGGGGCUUUCCUGCUCUAAGGGAAUAGACGCUAAUAAACCCUUUUAAUGGAAUUGAUGUCUGUAUAGCACUAUACCUGUUCACUCACUCUUCUCACACUACAAGUCUGGAGGGACUAAGCUAGAUAAUCUUGUUUUGUCUUCAAUGAUUAGAACUCACACUGACUAUAAAAAAAAUAAAUAAAAUGCUUUCCUCUGUGUCCUCUUAUAGUUCAGUUGCCAACAUGGGAGAUGUUCUGCUCAAUAACUGUUUAGUAAUCAUUCUAUAUACAGUAUUUGUGCAUGAUUAUGGGGGUUGUUUUUUUUGUAGUUCUUGUCACUGUUCCAUUUUGUUUAAAGAGGCUGACUCACUGUGUGUGCUUUAUGUGGAGCAUAUAAUGCUUGGCUAGGAGGAUUGUACCCAAUGUUUUCACAUAAAGCAGCAUCUAGAUUCUAGUCAGUGAUGGACAUCUCUCAGAUGUAUGCCACCACCACCCCAGUGCUUGAAUUAGGCCUAUCUGCUUCCGUUGUACAGAGUACCAGCUCCUUCAAUUUUCUUCUGCUUGAGUAUGGCUAAUAAGAACACCAGUACUGUAAACAUUUAAAUGAGUACCAGCCCCUAAGGCAGUGGUCUAAGGCACUGCAUCGCAGUGCUAGCUGUGCCACUAGAGAUCCUGGUUCGAAUCCAGGCUCUGCUGUAGCCGGCCGCAACCGGGAGACCAAUGGGGCGGCGCACAAUUGGCCCAGCGUCGUCCAGGGUAGGGGAGGGAAUGGCCGGCAGGGAGGUAGCUCAGUUGGUAGAGCAUGGCGUUUGCAACGCCAGGGUUGUGGGUUCGAUUCCCACGGGGGGCCAGUAUGAAAAUAAAAAAAGAAUAAUGUAUGCACUAACUGUAAGUCGCUCUGGAUAAGAGCGUCUGCUAAAUGACGUAAAUGUAAAUGUUAUUCAUUCCACUUCAAGCACUGACCACCCCCAAUGUGUCCCCCAUAGAGAUGCAUUAAUUUAAAAUGUUUGUUCUAUUUAAUGAUAUGUUGUUCCCUCUGUGACCAUCAUAGAUAUAAGUGUUUUAUAUCUCUAUGGUGACCACCUACAAUAUGUUCCCUCUGUCUCCAGGACUUUAGCGAUGCCGACAAGCUCCUGGCCCAGGUCAACGUGGACCAGGAGGCCUUGUUCCGUUACGCCUACGACGCUGCCCAGUUCUCCACGGGCCACUGCCUGCCCGACAUGCAGUUUGCCCAGAACCACGCGGGCCAGCCUGAUGUGGCCAUGUUCGACUUCACCUGUAUGCACCGAGCUGAGAACGCCUCGCUGGUCAGGGAGAGAAAGGGAAAGAAACUACUCAUGGGCCUGGUGGGAGACUGCCUGGUAGAGGUGAGAGGUCCUGCCAGUGUGCUGGAUGUCUAGAUUCACUCAUGCGUAAACAUGCUCCUGCACAGACGUGUGUGCGUGUGUGCGUGUGUGUGUGUGUGUGUGUGUGUGUGUGUGUGUGUGUACAUACACUGAGUGUACAAAACAUUCAGAACACCUGCUCGUUUCAUGGCAUAGACUGACCAGGUGAAUCCAGGUGAAAGCUACAGUGGGGGAAAAAAGUAUUUAGUCAGCCACCAAUUGUGCAAGUUCUCCCACUUAAAAAGAUGAGAGAGGCCUGUAAUUUUCAUCAUAGGUACACGUCAACUAUGACAGACAAAUUUUUCUCCAGAAAAUCACAUUGUAGGAUUUUUAAUGAAUUUAUUUGCAAAUUGUGGUGGAAAAUAAGUAUUUGGUCACCUACAAACAAGCAAGAUUUUACAGACCUGUAACUUCUUCUUUAAGAGGCUCGUCUGUCCUCCACUCGUUACCUGUAUUAAUGGCACCUGUUUGAACUUGUUAUCAGUAUAAAAGACACCUGUCCACAACCUCAAACAGUCACACUCCAAACUCCACUAUGGCCAAGACCAAAGAGCUGUCAAAGGACACCAGAAACAAAAUUGUAAACCUGCACCAGGCUGGGAAGACUGAAUCUGCAAUAGGUAAGCAGCUUGGUUUGAAGAAAUCAACUGUGGGAGCAAUUAUUAGGAAAUGGAAGACAUACAAGACCACUGAUAAUCUCCCUCGAUCUGGGGCUCCACGCAAGAUCUCACCCCGUGGGGUCAAAAUGAUCACAAGAACGGUGAGCAAAAAUCCCAGAACCACACGGGGGGACCUAGUGAAUGACCUGCAGAGAGCUGGGACCAAAGUAACAAAGCCUACCAUCAGUAACACACUACGCCGCCAGGGACUCAAAUCCUGCAGUGCAAGACGUGUCCCCCUGCUUAAGCCAGUACAUGUCCAGGCCCGUCUGAAGUUUGCUAGAGUGCAUUUGGAUGAUCCAGAAGAGGAUUGGGAGAAUGUCAUAUGGUCAGAUGAAACCAAAAUAGAACUUUUUGGUAAAAACUCAACUCGUCGUGUUUGGAGGACAAAGAAUGCUGAGUUGCAUCCAAAGAACACCAUACCUACUGUGAAGUAGGGGGGUGGAAACAUCAUGCUUUGGGGCUGUUUUUCUGCAAAGGGAUCAGGACGACUGAUCCGUGUAAAGGAAAGAAUGAAUGGGGCCAUGUAUCGUGAGAUUUUGAGUGAAAACCUCCUUCCAUCAGCAAGGGCAUUGAAGAUGAAACGUGGCUGGGUCUUUCAGCAUGACAAUGAUCCCAAACACACCGCCCGGGCAACGAAGGAGUGGCUUCGUAAGAAGCAUUUCAAGGUCCUGGAGUGGCCUAGCCAGUCUCCAGAUCUCAACCCCAUAGAAAAUCUUUGGAGGGAGUUGAAAGUCCGUGUUGCCCAGCGACAGCCCCAAAACAUCACUGCUCUAGAGGAGAUCUGCAUGGAGGAAUGGGCCAAAAUACCAGCAACAGUGUGUGAAAACCUUGUGAAGACUUACAGAAAACGUUUGACCUGUGUCAUUGCCAACAAAGGGUAUAUAACAAAGUAUUGAGAAACUUUUGUUAUUGACCAAAUACUUAUUUUCCACCAUAAUUUGCAAAUAAAUUCAUUAAAAAUCCUACAAUGUGAUUUUCUGGAUUUAUUUUUCUCAUUUUGUCUGUCAUAGUUGACGUGUACCUAUGAUGAAAAUUACAGGCCUCUCUCAUCUUUUUAAGUGGGAGAACUUGCACAAUUGGUGGCUGACUAAGUCCUUUUUUCCCCACUGUAUGUUAUCUUGAUGUCACUUGUUAAAUCCACUUCAGUGUAGAUGAAGGGGAGGAGACUGGUUAAAGAAGGACUUUUAAGCCUUGAGACACGGAUUGUGUAUGUGUGCCAUUCAGAGGGUGAAUGGGCAAGACAAAAUAUUUAAUUGCCUUUGAACGGGGUAUGGUAGUAGGUGCUAGGUGCACCGGUUUGAGUGUGUCAAGAACUACAACACUCCUGGGUUUUUCACGCUCAACAAUUUCCUGGGUGCAUCAAGAAUGGUCCACCACCCAAAGGACAUCCAGCCAACAUGACACAACUGUGGAAGGCAUUGGAUUCAACAUGGGCCAGCAUCCCUGUGCAAUGCAUUUGACACCUUGUAGAGUCCAUGCUCCAACGAAUUGAGGCUGUUCUGAGGGCAAAAGGGGGUGCAACUCAAUAUUAGGAAGGUGUUCCUAAUGUUUUGUACACUCGGUGUGUAUACAGUAUGUGUAUGUAUAUAAACAGUGCAUUCGGAAAGUAUUCAGACCUCUUGACUUUUUCCACAUUUUGUUACGUUACAGCUUUAUUCUAAAAUGGAAAGUAAAAACUCAUCAACCUACACACAAUACCCCAUAAUGACAAAGCAAAAACAGUUUUUUAGAAACAUUUGCUAAUUUAUAUUUAAAAACAGAUACCUUAUUUACAUAAGUAUUUAGACCCAAUGCUGUGAGACUCGAAAUUGAACUCCGGUGCAUCCUGUUUCCGUUGAUCAUCCUUGAUGUUUCUACAACUUGAUUGGAGUCCACCUGUGGUAAAUUCAAUUGAUUGGACAUGAUUUGGAAAUGCAUACACCUGUCUAUAAAAGGUCCCACAGUUGAUAGUGCAUAUCAGAGCAAAAACCAAGCCAUGAGGUCGAAGGAAUUGUCCGUAGAGCUCAGAGACAGGAUUGUGUCGUAGGCACAGAUCUGGGGAAGGGUACCAAAAAAUGUCUGCAGCAUUGAAGGUCCCCAAGAACAAAGUGGCCUCCAUCAUUCUUAAAUGGAAGAAGUUUGGAACCACCAAGACUCUAGAAAGAGCUGGCCGCCCAGUCAAACUGAGCAAUCGGGGGAGAAGGGCCUUCGUCAGGGAGGUGACCAAGAACCCAAUGGUCACUCUGACAGAGCUCCAGAGUUCCUCUGUGGAGAUGGGAGAACCUUCCAGAAGGACAACCAUCUCUGCAGCACUCCACCAAUCAGGCCUUUAUGGUAGAGCGGCCAGACGGAAACCACACCUCCGUAAAAGUCACAUGACAGCCUGCUUGGAGUUUGCCAAAAGGCACCUAAAGGAUUCUCAGACCAUGAGAAACAAGAUUCUCUGGUCUGACGAAACCAAGAUUGAACUCUUUGGCCUGAAUGCCAAGCAUCACGUCUGGAGGAAACCAGGCACUGCUCAUCACCUGGCCAAUACCAUCCCUAUGGUGAAGCAUGGUGGUAGUAGCAUCAUGCUGUGGGGAUGUUUUUUAGCAGCAGGGACUGGGAGACUAGUCAGGGUCGAGGAAAAGAUGAACGGAUCAAAGUACAGAGAGAUCCUUGAUGAAAACCUGCUCCAGAGCGCUCAGGACCUCAGACUGGGGCGACGGUUCACCUUCCAACAGGACUACGACCCUAAGCACACAUCCAAGACAACACAGGAGUGGCUUAGGGACAAGUCGCUGAAUGUCCUUGAAUGGCCCAGCCAGAGCCCGGACUUGAACCCGAUCGAACAUCUCUGGAGAUACCUGAAAAUAGCUGUGCAGCAACGCUCCCCAUCCAACCUGACAGAGCUUGAGAGUAUCUGCAGAGAAGAAUGGGAGAAACUCCCCAAAUACAGGUGUGCCAAGCUUGUAGCGUCAUACACAAGAAGACUUGAGGCUGUAAUCGCUGCCAAAGGUGCUUCAACAAAGUACUGAGUUAAAGGGUCUGAAUACUUAUGUAAAUGUCAUAUUUUUGUAUUGUUUUUUUAUACGUUUGCAAAAAUUUCUAAAAACCUGUUUUUGCUUUGUCAUUAUGGGGUAUUGUGUAUAGAUUGAUGAGGGGAAAAAACUAUUCAAUCCAUUUUAGAAUAGGUGGAAUACAAUAGGUCCAAUACAAAAUGUGGAAAAAGUCAAGGGGUCUGAAUACUUUCCGAAUGCACUGUAUAUAUUAUACACACAGAGCUCUGUUAAGAAAUGAGGCAUUCAAUCAGCUUAAUGCAUCAGCUUGUGGGUGUUAAAUCAGCACAGAGAAUCAUACCUUUAUUUCCUUACUUUUAAAUCUGAUAAGUUGCCAUGUCAAUACACAGGAAAAUUAAGAAUUCUAAAGGAUGUGUGUGUGUGUCCACAGCCGUUCUGGCCUCUGGGAACAGGUAUUGCCCGUGGGUUCCUAGCUGCCUUCGACACAGCGUGGAUGGUUAGGAGCUGGGGCAAGGAAAGACCCCACCUGGAAGUCCUUGCUGAACGGUAAAUAAGCUUUUUCUAUAUGAUCAAUAACACCACCUUUAAAAGCAUGUGACCAUCCCUCUUCGCUGUAUAGAAGGGAUGACCCUGGCUGGGCUUCUCAGAGAGAACUCUUCAACUGGUAAUGCCGCUCUAGUCUUGUAACUGUAUAUCUUUGAACAUCCAUUACUUCACAAGCAACUGCUUGUAAAAAUCUUACUGUACAUACCCAUCAGAAUCUUCUGUUCCUUAGUCGGAGCGUCUUCUUCAGGUCCAUAGUGAGUUUCUGAGGUAGAGCUAUCUCUUAAAAUAUGUCUUUCCCUCUGACUGAAUAGAGAGAGUAUCUACCAGCUCCUGUCCCAGACCACGCCAGAGAACAUCAGUAAGAACUAUAGCGCCUUCAGCAUAGACCCGGCUACACGCUACCAGCACGUCAACCUCAACUCCGUCAAGGCCAACCAGGUCAGAAACAGAAAUAUCAUCCAUUCUAGUCCUUCUAUUUCUAUAGUCAGCGCCGACACAAACCUAUACUCAUGCCUGAUUCACAUUAUUGGGCUGACCAGAACUGCACAGUGCUGGCUUGGAUAUUUUCUUUUUUCAGCACGGUUCCAGCAACUAUAGGGGAUGCGUAACCAGGUCAGCUCAGUAAUGUUCGGGUUGGUACGAUAGUGGGAAAGGGUGUGACUGCUUCUCUGUAUCAACGCUAGCAAAGUGAACUGUAUAUUGUUCUGUGUAACAUUGUAAACAAGUUUUGAAUUGAAUCAGUGCUGCUCUGCCAUUUUGCCUGAUAUUUCCUAUAGUAUACAUGCAUAGUCAGGAAACCGCUGUGUGUGUGUGUAUAUCGUGGUGAGCCGGCUGGGAAAGGGUAUUGAUCUGAAAGGCUUUAGAGAGUUUUCACAAACUACAAGAUCAAUUACACUGCAUUAAACCAAACCCCAGCUUCUGCCUUUAUGAUCCCUGCUGUGUUCUUAGCCUGGUCCCAGGUCUGUUUGUGUUGUAUAGCCAACUCAUAUGCUUGUUGCUUGACAAUGACCAUAGGAGUUGGCAAGACAGCACAAACGUAUGUGUUACCAGGCUACUAUGUUCUGGCUUUAGUGUGAAGUUGAUCUCAACUGUUGUGUCCUAUUGUUUAUUGUGAUUCCCUCUCUUUGCAUUACGAAGGUGAAACACCUCUAUGACGUGGAAGAACACCUUAUUUCUGGCAGACCCACCAAGAAGGACAAAGGCAAGUGGUCUCACUUGCGACAAGGUCAGUCUGGCUUCACUUUACUAGAGCAAUAAUGCAUGAGGGGCAGGGGUGUGAUUCAUUUAGGUUUUGGCACGGCUGUGCUGUGCUGAGAUCAUGGGCACGAAGAGACUACAACCCAUUAAAUACAUGUAAAAAAAGUAAAAUAAUAAUGUUUCCUGAUCUUUCUUAUAUAUCUCAGAUAGAUAUAGGUCAGACACUUCAGAACAAACUGCCCUUAGUCCCCCCCCAAAAAAAUCUAUCUGUUGUUCUAUGUAGUGAAUCUGUUAUUCAAUGCGUUUGUAUGGGCUAAUAGCAGUAAGGCCACAAAAAAAAAAAAAAAACGUAUUUGAUGCUUCAAGGGGUCUUAAAAUUCAAAAUCAAUCUUGGUAUGACCUUCUUAAAACAAUUCCAUAUACAGUGGGGAGAACAAGUAUUUGAUACACUGAUUUUGCAGGUUUUCCUACUUACAAAGCAUGUACAGGUCUGUAAUUUUUAUCAUAGGUACACUUCAACUGUGAGAGACGGAAUCUAAAACAAAAAUCCAGAAAAUCACAUUGUAUGAUUUUUAAGUAAUUAAUUAGCAUUUUAUUGCAUGACAUAAGUAUUUGAUCACCUACCAACCAGUAAGAAUUCCGGCUCUCACAGACCUGUUUGUUUUUCUUUAAGAAGCCCUCCUGUUCUCCACUCAUUACCUGUAUUAACUGCACCUGUUUGAACUCGUUACCUGUAUAAAAGACACCUGUCCACACACUCAAUCAAACAGACUCCAACCUCUCCACAAUGGCCAAGACCAGAGAGCUGUGUAAGGACAUCAGGGAUAAAAUUGUAGACCUGCACAAGGCUGGGAUGGGCUACAGGAUAAAAGGCAAGCAGCUUGGUGAGAAGGCAACAACUGUUGGCGCAAUUAUUAGAAAAUGGAAGAAGUUCAAGAUGACGGUCAAUCACCCUCGGUCUGGGGCUCCAUGCAAGAUCUCACCUCGUGGGGCAUCAAUGAUCAUGAGGAAGGUGAGGGAUCAGCCCAGAACUACACGGCAGGACCUGGUCAAUGACCUGAAGAGAGCUGGGAACACAGUCUCAAAGAAAACCAUUAGUAACACACUAUGCCGUCAUGGAUUAAAAUCCUGCAGCGCACGCAAGGUCCCCCUGCUCAAGCCAGCGCAUGUCCAUGCCCGUCUGAAGUUUGCCAAUGACCAUCUGGAUGAUCCAGAGGAGGAAUGGAAGAAGGUCAUGUGGUCUGAUGAGACAAAAAUAGAGCUUUUUGGUCUAAACUCCACUCGCUGUGUUUGGAGGAAGAAGAAGGAUGAGUACAACCCCAAGAACACCAUCCCAACCGUGAAGCAUGGAGGUGGAAACAUCAUUCUUUGGGGAUGCUUUUCUGCAAAGGGGACAGGACGACUGCACAGUAUUGAGGGGAGGAUGGGUGGGGCCAUGUAUCACGAGAUCUUGGCCAACAACCUCCUUCCCUCAGUAAGAGCAUUGAAGAUGGGUCGUGGCUGGGUCUUCCAGCAUGACAACGACCCGAAACACACAGCCAGGGCAACUAAGGAGUGGCUCCGUAAGAAGCAUCUCUAGGUCCUGGAGUGGCCUAGCCAGUCUCCAGACCUGAACCCAAUAGAAAAUCUUUGGAGGGAGCUGAAAGUCCGUAUUGCCCAGCGACAGCCCAGAAACCUGAAGGAUCUGGAGAAGGUCUGUAUGGAGGAGUGGGCCAAAAUCCCUGCUGCAGUGUGUGCAAACCUGGUCAAGACCUACAGGAAACAUAUGAUCUCUGUAAUUACAAACAAAGGUUUCUGUACCAAAUAUUAAGUUCUGUUUUUCUGAUGUAUCAAAUACUUAUGUCAUGCAAUAAAAUGCAAAUUAAUUACUUAAAAAUUAUACAAUGUGAUUUUCUGGAUUCCAUCUUUCACAGUUGAUGUGUACCUAUGAUAAAAAUUACAGACCUCUACAUGCUUUGUAAGUAGGAAAACCUGCAAAAUCGGCAGUGUCUCAAAUACUUGUUCUCCCCACUGUAGCUUAGGAGAAUGUAUUAAUCAAAGCAUUAUUUCAACGCCUGCCUUGAUGCAAUGUCGCUAUGUUUCAUCGUCCUAAUGCAGUGUUCAUAUGUGUGUUCAUGGCCCAGAUUCGAUUGGAGCGUUUGAGGUGCUUUUGAAGUGGUGCCAGCAGCACACUGCAGGGUACGACAGGGUGAAGGUGAAAGAUCUGAACCAGUCCUGGAGGUCUGGCCUGGCCCUGUGUGCCCUCAUCCACACAUUCAGACCCCAUGUCAUGUGAGUCUCUUGGCUUUACAAGGGGGGCAAGUCAACAUAUCCACCACCAAUGUAGCAAAUGCACAAGUAGUACUACAGAAGGAAAAACUUACCCAUAAGCCUACAGUCAAAUUUCAUUGAUCUGAGGUGCUUUUCCUGUUCAAGUUAUUCAUGGUACUAACUGUCCAAUAAGAAAACAAACUUCUGUGUUCUGUUACAAAUAGUUUUGCUAUUGUGUGCCCUACUGAACAUGCCCGUGGCCAACAUAGUAACUAUCCCUCACCUCUCCCUCCACAGUGACAUGUCCUCUCUGGAGGAGUCUAAUGCGGUCUACAAUAACCAGCUGGCCUUCAACUUCCUGGAGAGAGAGCUGGGCAUCCCUCCCAUAAUGUCAGCCAGUGACAUGUCUUCCAAGGGACAGAUAGACAAGCUCUCCAUGGUGCACUACCUCACACAGAUCCAUGAUGCCUUCAACGAAAGGACUCCUACUAAAGGUAUGCAUUAGGGCAAUGAUUGUCAUACGUAAUUAUCACCAUGAUUGAUUGUUUGAUUACUUGUAGCCUUGACUCCAGCUAUCUGGAACAAGAAUGUUGUGUUGGUCUAUUUUCACGAGACUACAUGAUGUAUAUUUAUAUAAUUUUCUGUUACUGUGACAUUGUUAUCUUGUCAUUGAGCAUAGUUAUAUUCAUUACAUAAAGAUGUUUUGGCCAUAUUUCUAGUAGGCAUUUCUUAAAACGCUGGACCAAGAUUAACCGUAUCAAUAGCCUAUUAUUAGUGAAAGGAAUUGAAUCUGGCCCCAAGUCGGUUGUUUAGACAGUACACAGCUUAUGUAACCCCGUUUGUACAAAGGCUCAGGUGUUUUUCCCUCUGAAAUGUGUUUGAUGUUGAUAAAAGGGAGAGGGCUGUCAUUGUCCCUUUAAAAGCAUUACCCAGCAUACCUCUGGUUAGAGUAGCUGGGGCUGAGCUCAUAACCAGCCCUGAUUGGCUGCCGGGGUUAUGCCGCUCUCCUGCACUCAGUGGGUAAGCCAGGCAGCAGCCAAAGCAAACAGCAUCAGCCUCUGAGGAAAUGGCUUAUCAGGCUUGGGUGGGACUAGCCUCACCUAAAAGAGAUCUAGCUACUAUUCCUGCUGUGAGGAGUACAGAUUUUCCUGGGCUGUUUUUGCUGCCAAAGGUAUUUCUGGUAAAUACUAGCAGAGUGUGUAGGAGGGAUAUUUUCAGUGGGAUCCAGCAUUUGGAAGCAGGCUUGGAGAGCGGUUGUGACAUGCUCCGCUUGGCUUUGUCUUGUCUCUGUGAUGCUGUAGGUAGCGUGCCACUCUGUAAGGGGAUCGGCUGGCUGGCUGACACACAGAUGAGCAUGCAGGAGGGACCUGGCCUGUCUGUCACGGGGGCGCUUGCUGUAACCUUAUCUGAGCGCCAGAGGGAGAGUGGGGAGUGAAGUCUCAUGGCACAGAGUUCUCUUAGGGGGAUUGACAAGUUGAAUUAAAUUACAUCUCCUACAAAGCCUGGUUUUCAACAGCAGUGUAGAGAAGCUCUGUGUGUACUAUAAGAUGACUGACAGCAUUUUUACAUAAGAGAGAUUGGUAAUUAAAAGGCAGAACACCCUGUUUAUAUACAAGAAGCUGUGUUAGUUUGGUGGCUGUGAAACAUGUUUGUUGUUCCGCCAGAACAGAGCAGGAGGAUACUAAAGCGUGUGUGUUUGUCUCUCUCUGCUGCAGAACCUCAGAGCCUUCCCCUGAAGCCGUCUAAAACCCUGUCUUUUCGGUCUGCUGUGUUCUUCCUCAACAACCUCAAGCACAACUCUCUGCAGCGACGCAAGGUAAGGCUCAGGCAAGCAGCUGCAUGUUGUCACUGAAACCACUGUAGUUGGCAGUUUAGUGUUUAUUUAAUAUCAGGGAUUGAGUGGAUAAGAACAUUUGUGCAAAAGCAAUUGUCUGUUGGGUUAAAAGGGGAGUAGGCCAACCUCAAGUUCAUAUGGACGUCAUUAUUUUUCAUGCAACUCCCUGCAGAGCCGCUAGGUGAGCUAAGACAAGCAGCUGCAUGUUGUCAUACUGCAUGAGGUUUACAAUUUAUUUUGGCCUUUGUUGGCCUUUUCCAAAAUCAACUGUAAUGGCAAAGAUACUUUUCAAACAUGCAAGAUAUUAUCUAAAGCAUUGUUCAUUUUGAGGUAAUCCGUUAUUCAGUUACAUAUUGAAUCCAUAAACGUGGUCACAUGACUGUUUUGUCUUUUACACAGGAGAGACUGGCAACCAAGAAAGAAAAAAAAGGGAUGAUGGGAGAGGAAGAAGAUGUGAGUAGUUCAGGACUACUCCAACUGCUAUACUAUAACAUGUUUCUGUGCUUUGUUAUUGAACUACUAAUAUCACUGGCUGUUGUUCCUCUAUUUGAUUACUACUGGGAUACAGCACCCAGAGACAUGUACAGAGUGAAGACCUUUGUAAGAGUUGUUGAGCCCACCAGAUUUGUCAUUUUGUAUUGUCUUUAUUUGGCCUUCAGGACUACUCCCUAAUGUUAAACCAUAAGCACAUGUUUUUAUGCUAUGUUAUUGAACUACUGUAGAAAUAUUACUGUUGCUCUCAAUCCCCCCCCCCCCCCCCCACAGCCUGUAGCUCCUCUCUCAGCCCCUGAGGUGACCCCUGACCCUGUGAACCCUGACCCUGAGCUGAGCCUGAUGUCAGGCAUCAGCAGCAAUGAGGAGUGUUACUUCUGUGGCCAGCGGGUCUAUGUUCUGGAGAGGAUCAGUACUGAGGGAAAGUUCUUCCACCGUAGCUGCUUCACCUGCCAUCAGUGCGGCACCACCCUUAGACUGGGCGGGUAUACCUUCAGCCAGCACACUGGUGAGUAGUGAGCACCGCUUGAACCACAGCCUAUACUCGGGUACUAUUUUUCAGGGCAAUAGGCUAGUGGGCAAUCUGCAAUUUAUUACUAAGAUCCCAAUGAGCCUUUUUAAUAUAUAUAUAUAUUUUUUUUUACAAGAUUCUAUAAUUGAACAUAAUGUUACUGUACAAUAGAACAAUAUAACAUAUUGUUACUGUACAAUAGUACAAUAGAACAUCAUGUUACUUUACAAUAGAACAUCAUGUUACUGUUAACUAGAACAAUAGAACAUAUUGUUACUGUACAAUAUAACGUCAUGUUACUUUACAAUAGAACAAUAGAACAUCAUGUUACUGUACAAUAGAACAUCAUGUUACUGUACAAUAGAACAUGUUACUGUACAAUAGAACAUCAUAUUACUGUACAAUAGAACAUCAUAUUACUGUACAAUAGAACAUCAUGUUACUGUACAAUAGAACAUCGUGUUACUGUACAAUAGAACAUCAUAUUACUGUACAAUAGAACAUUGUGUUACUGUACAAUAGAACAUCGUGUUACUGUACAAUAGAACAUCAUAUUACUGUACAAUAGAACAUCGUGUUACUGUACAAUAGAACAUCAUAUUACUGUACAAUAGAACAUCAUGUUACUGUACAAUAGAACAUCAUGUUACUGUACAAUAGAACAUCAUAUUACUGUACAAUAGAACAUCAUAUUACUGUACAAUAGAACAUCAUAUUACUGUACAAUAGAACAUCAUAUUACUGUACAAUAGAACAUGUUAAUGUACAAUAUAACAUUGUGUUACUGUACAAUAGAACAAUAGAACAUCAUGUUACUGUACAAUAGAUCAUGUUACUGUAUAGUAGAACAUGUUACUGUACAAUAUAACAUCAUGUUACUGUACAAUAGAAUAGUCAUUAUUUACUCAAGCAUGGAAAAUAUUCUGUGUGAAAUGUUUUGUAAAAUUGUAUCUGUAUCAAAUUACUCCGUCUUUUAUCAAUACAGAAACAGAAUAUAGCUAUGUCUAGUCCAAAAGCUGCCGUACCUGUAGUAAGUUAAAACUUACAUUUCCGGAUGAUAAAUACAGCACAGUUAACUUGAUUUAUGCACCAUAUGAAAAAUUCAUGGAAGAUACCCUUUUACAUGUUUUAUGGUUCAUGUGAAAAGGGGAACAGGAGAAAAGGUUGUCAAAUAGGGUCUCUCUCUAACGUGCCAGAUCCAGACUCUCUGAAAGCUGUUGUUUACCUUCUCAUGUGCCCUCAGGGAAGUUCUACUGUGAGCUGCACUCUGAACAGCUAGAGAUGGAGAACGGGAAACAAUGCCCAUCCCUUCAGGUGGGUUUCUGUUCUAAGUUUGAGCAGAUGGUAAAUUAAACUGUUCUGUUGCAUACCAUGUUGCCAGCUUGUGGCUUACCUGUCUAUGUCUGUACAAUAAGCACAGCUAGUGGGUAUAAGUAGUACAUUGGUGUUGAGUCACAAGACUGGUUCAUUUCACAGGGCAUGUUUAAUCACAUGAUACAAUGCCUAUGCUACAGUGCUUCUUCAAUUCGUUCAAAUUUUUUCCUUCCAGGAAACCAUAGAAGAUCACAAUGAGAAGAAGAGAGGUGUGAAUGGGAUCUCCAGUGAAGGGCACUCCCCUUGUCCCUCUGAAGAUGAUGAUGAAGAGUACUCUCUAGACUUGGGUCCUCCUAAACCAAUGGAUCCUCAGGGUCAGGAACACCCCAGCAGCAAACAAUCUAAUCCUGUAGAGGAGCCCAAUGUCCCACCAAAUCCACCCAUAGACGUUUUCCCGACAAAAGGGUUUAAGGCCUGUGAGGUGGAGGAAGAGGAGGAGGGGAAGGAGAGGGUCGAGGAUCCCCCCUCAUACCCCCUGACCCCUGUCCCAAAACCUCGCCUCUCUUGCUUGGACAUCCCCAGCCCUCAGGCCUCCCCUCCUGUACCCAAACCACGCACCAUCCUCCCCACCCCAAAAAGGGACAUGUCACCGGCCCAUGUAGAGGAGAAGGGGUCCCUCAGAGCAGCAGGAGAGAAAGGGACCCCCAAGGCAGCCACAGCCCCUGACUCUGGGGCGAAGCAGUCCCUGCGGAAGCUGCAGCUCACCGAUGAGGAGAAGAACCAGCUAGUCAACCUGAGCUUCAGCCUGGACUCUGACUUGGAGACACCAGAGACACCUGGUUCUUCCUCUUGCUCCUCAGCCACAGCAGGGGGUCCCAGCCCACCCAAACCUCCAGGUAUUCCUCUUCUCUUUUAUGAUUGCUUUUGUUUGUUUUGAUCUCUUCUACUGUGUUUUAACUGUAAAAUUGUUGCAAUUUUAAACGGGAAUGAUUGAAUAUACAGUGCAUUCGGAAAGUGUUCAGACCCCUUCACUUAUUACACAUGUUGUUAUGUUACAGCCUUAUUCUAAAAUGGAUUAAAUUGUUUUUUUCAUCAAUCUACACACAAUGCCCUGUAAUGACAAAUCAAAACCUAGGUUUUUAGAAAUGUUAGCAAAUUUAUUAAAAGAAAAAAACGGAAAUAUGACAUUUACAUAAGUAUUCAGACCGUUUACUCAGUACUUUGUUGAAGCACCUUUGGCAGCGAUUACAGCCUCACGUUUUCUUGGGUAUGACGCUACAAGCUUGGCACACCUGUAUUUGGAGUUUCUCCCAUUCUUCUCUGCAGAUCCUCUCAAGCUCUGUUGGGUUGGAUGGGGAGCGUCGCUGCACAGCUAUUUUCAGGUCUCUCCAGAGAUGUUCGAUCGGGUUCAAGUACGGGCUCUGGCUGGGCCACUCAAGGACAUUCAGCGACUUGUCCCGAAGCCACUCCUGUGUUGUCUUGGCUGUGUGCUUAGGGUCGUAGUCCUGUUGGAAGGUUGAACCUUCGCCCCAGUCUGAGGUCCUGAGCGCUCUGGAGCAGGUUUUCAUCAAGGAUCUCGCUGUACUUUGCUCCGUUCAUCUUUCCCUCGACCCUGACUAGUCUCCCAGUCCCUGCUGCUAAAAAACAUCCCCACAGCAUGAUGCUACUACCACCAUGCUUCACCGUAGGGAUGGUAUUGGCCAGGUGAUGAGCAGUGCCUGGUUUCCUCCAGACGUGACGCUUGGCAUUCAGGCCAAAGAGUUCAAUCUUGGUUUCGUCAGACCAGAGAAUCUUGUUUCUCAUGGUCUGAGAAUCCUUUAGGUGCCUUUUGGCAAACUCCAAGCAGGCUGUCAUUUGCCUUUUACAGAGGAGUGGCUUCCGUCUGGCCACUCUACCAUAAAGACCUUAUUGGUGGAGUGCUGCAGAGAUGGUUGUCCUUCUGGAAGCGCCUCCCAUCUCCACAGAGGAACUCUGAAGCUCUGUCAGUGACCAUCGGGUUGGUUCUUGGUUUCGCCGGGUGGCCAGCUCUAGGAAGAGUCUUGGUGGUUCCAAACUUCUUCCAUUUAAGAAUGGAGGCCACUGUGUUCUUGGGGACCUUCAAUGCUGCAGAAAUGUUUUGUACCCUUCCCCAGAUCCGUGCCUCGACAUAAUUCUGUCUCGGAGCUCUAUGGACAAUUCCUUCGACCUCAUGGCUUGGUUUUUGCUCUGACAUGCACUGUCAACUGUGGGACCUUAUAUAGACAGGUGUGUGCCUUUCCAAAUCAUGUCCAAUCAAUUGAAUUUACCACAGGUUGACUCCAAUCAAGUUGUAGAAACAUCUCAAGGAGGAUCAAUGGAAACAGGAUGCACCUGAGCACAAUUUCAAAGAUUGAUGAGGGAAAAACAUUUAUUUAAUAAAUUUUAGAAUAAGGCUGUAACGUAACAAAAGGUGGAAAAGUGAAGGGGUCUGAAUACUUUCCGAAUGCACGAAGCUUCCUUUUGAGGGAUGAUAAAAAAUUAUGUUCAAAAUGACCACAGUCGGUAGCUUGAGAGUUAAAUCGAGUUUGAUUUGAGGUGCAGAUUGCCAGGAGGAGGGCUACUGGAGUGGGGGCCCGAGGGUGGCUGGACGCAUCCGGGAUCACAGGAACCGCCGUUGCUUUAGGAAGAAAGAGGAGCCUGCGGAGGGCCAGGGUCAACACCGCAGGGUCCGCUCCAAGUUCUCCCCCUGGAACCUCUCCUCCCCUCGGCCGAGGAGGGACUACCGCUUCAGCGUCCUCAACAGCCACCCAGGUAAAGCUCCCGGUAAAGACUGUGGUGUUACCUGAUCUAGACCCCCAAAGAGCAACCAGCAGUUGUUCAUACGCAUGUUCUUCAUAUCUGUCCUGAAUGAAUUAUUUUAUUUCUCUAACUUCACAGAAGUACACUAUGGCCACAGUGUAUCCGAAGAAGAUGGUGCUGAAGAUGAUGAAGAUGAGUUGGAUAUGUUUGGAGUAGAUGGCAUGGAUUUAUAUGAUGAUAAGGUAAGGACUGGGACUUGUUUAGCUGGCAUUUUUAUUCCAUAUAUGGAAUUUCAUAUAUUUAUUAUUAUUAUUAUUAUUAUUAUUACUAUUAUUAUUAUUAUUAUUAUUAUUAUUAUUAUUAUUAUUAGCUACACACACACACACACAUACACAUACACACACACACACACACACACACACACCCUUACUCUGCUGUCUCUAGUUCCAGACCGUCCCUUCAGACCCUGUGGAGGCUGAAAAGCUAGAGCUGCUGAAGAUGAGGACUUUGGAGCGUCGGGCCAAGACGUGUGAGAUACAGCGCUUCCACAAAGCCCAGGUCAGUUCACAGUUCACCAAGUUAUCUGAUCUGCUUUGGAAUAUUUAAAGGGAUACUGCGCGAUUCAGGCAAUGAAGCCGUUUUUCUACUUACCCAGAGUAAUGAACUCUUGGUGGAUACAAUUUUUAUGUCUCUGCGUGCAGACAUUACGCUAACUCUAGUUAGUAUUGGCUCGCGAAACUACCUCUAACUUCCUUCAUACUGCACGCAGAGACAUAUAAAUGGUAUCCACGAGUUCAUCUGACUCUGGGUAAGUAAACAUUUUUCCCAGACUCUCGCAGUAUCCCUUUAACACUGGAUGCAGUAUUGACGAUUGCUGCUUAUCCAAUGUUACCCAUCUUUUGCUUGUACUCUCCAGUCUAUCCAGAGGCGACUGGAGGAGAUCGAGGUGACGUAUAAAGAGCUGGAGGAUAAAGGUGUGGUGCUGGAGCAGGUACUCAGAGGAGAGGAAGGUGGGAACUCCGACAGAUCAUUUGCUCUAGCUAACACAAUGACCACUAACAAUAACUAGGAAAAUGUUGACCUUAGCUUGCCCUGAACAAGAGAUUUGACUUUUCAUAUUUGAUCCUUUGAUGUUCUGAUGGAGGUAAUUAUACCGAAACAUUGGUAUUAGGCUGACUUUAGUAAGCCAGCAAUGUACAGCUGGACUUUUUAGUCUUUCGCCCUUUACCAAUCACAUACAGUGCCUUCGGAAAGUAUUCAGACCCCUUGACUUUUUCCACAUUUUGUUUUACGUUACAGCCUGAAUUUAAAAUGGAUAAAAUUUAGAUUUUGUGUCACUGGCCUACACACAAUACCCCAUAAUGUCAAAGUGGAAUUAUGUUUACAAAUUAAUUAAAAAUGAAACGCUGAAAUGUCUUGAGUCAAUAAGUAUUAAACCCCUUUGUUAUGGCAAACCUAAAUAAGUUCAGGAGUAAAAAUGUGCUUAACAAGUCACAUAAGUUGCAUGGACUCACUCUGUGUGCAAUAAUAGUGUUUAACAUGAUUUGUGAAUGACUACCUCAUCUCUGUACCCCACACAUACAAUUAUCUGUAAGGUCCCUCUGUCGAGCAGUGAAUUUCAAACACAGAUUCAACCACAAAGACCAGAGAGGUUUUCCAAUGCCUCGCAAAGAAGGGCACCUAUUGGUAGGUGGGUACAAAAUAUGUUUUAAAAAAUAACAGCAUUACCCUUUGAACAUGGUAAAGUGACAGUGCAUUCGGAAAGUAUUCAGACCCCUCGACAUUUAACAUUUUGUUACGUUACAGCUUUAAUCUAAAAUUGAAUAAAUAUCAAUCUACACACAAUACCCCAUAAUGACCAAGCAAAAACAGUUUUGCAAAUUUAUUAAAAACACUUACAUUAGUAUUCAGACCCCUUACUCAGUACUUUGUUGAAGCGCCGUUGGCAGCGAUUACAGCCUAGAGUUUUCUUGGGUAUGAUGCUACAAGCUUGGCACACCUGUAUUUGGGGAGUUUCUCCCAUUCUUCUCUGCAGAUCCUCUCAAGCGUCGCUGCACAGCUAUUUUCAGGUCUCUCCAAAGAUGUUAGAUUGGGUUCAAGUCCGGGUUCUGGCUGGGCCACUCAAGGACAUUCAGAGACUUGUCCCGAAACCACUCCUGUGUUGUCUUGGCUGUGUGCUUAGGGUCGUUGUCCUGUUGGAAGGUGAACCUUCGCCCCAGUCUGAGGUCCUGAGCGCUCUGGAGCAGGUUUUCAUCAAGGAUCUCUCUGUACUUUUCUCCGUUCAUCUUUCCCUCGAUCCUGACUAGUCUCCCUGCCGCUGAAAAACAUCCCACAGCAUGAUGCUGCCACCACCGUGCUUCACCGGAGGGAUAGUGCCAGGUGUCCUCCAGACGUGAGCCUUGGCUUUCAGGCCAAAGAGUUCAAUCUUGGUUUCAUCAGACCAGAGAAUCUUGUUUCUCAUGGUCUGAGAGUCCUUUAGGUGCCUUUUGGCAAACUCCAAGCAGGCUGUCAUGUGCCUUUUACUGAGGAGUGGCUUCCAUCGGGCCACUCUACCAUAACGACCUGAUUGGUGGAGUGCUGCAGAGAUGGUUGUCCUUCUGGAAGCUCCUCCCAUCUCCACAGAGGAACUCUGGAGCUCUGUCAGUGACCAUCGGAUUCUUGUUCACCUCCCUGACCAAGGCCCUUCUCCCCCGAUUGCUCAGUUUGGCCGGGCGGCCAGAUCUAGGAAGAGUCUUGGUGGUUCCAAACUUCUUCCAUUUAAGAAUGAUGGAGGCCACUGUGUUCUUGGGGACCUUCAAUGCUGCAGAAAUGUUUUGGUACCCUUCCCCAGAUCUGUGCCUCGAGACAAUCCAGUCACGGAGCUCUACAGACAAUUCCUUCGGCCUCAUGGCUUGGUCUUUGCUCUGACAUGCACUGUCAACUGUGGGGACUUAUAUAGACAGGUGUGUGCCUUUCCAAAUCAUGUCCAAUCGAUUGAAUUUACCACAGGUGGACUCCAUUCAAGUUGUAGAAACACCUCAAGGAUGAUCAAUAGAAACAGGAUGCACCUGAGCUUAAUUUGGAGUCUCAUAGUAAAGGGUCUGAAUACUUAUGUAAAUGUGAGUCAUUUCAGGAAACUAGGCUUAUGUCGCGCGUCACUACUUCAAAGGAGUGCCAUUUUUUAUCAAAAUACGUUUUUUGGCAGAAAUGCCUUUUUGAACAUGUGAACUUUCAUUUGCCUUAAUAAUAAACUUGUAUGCUAUCUGUAAAUACGAAUACAAUUGUUAAAUUAUGAGCCUAGUUGGUUUAGCCACGGAAAAAGACAGCAACCUUCCCGCUAGCCAUGAUUGGCUGAGAUAAUGAGUGGGCUGGACAUGCCGAGAAAUUAGUUUGGAUUGAUCUGCCAUGUAGCACGCUUCUGUCUAUAAUAUGAGCUGGUCAGUAUGUGUAGGUAAUCCUUUCUAACGUGCCUUUUCUGAAAGAUAUCACAUAGUAGAACUGUAUAAGUGUUGCUCUCCACUUUCUGGAGGACAGAGUUUUUUGAAAUCAGUUGAGUAUGAUAGCUAAGGAGAUGGAGAAAAUUCUGGCGUUUAAUUACACAUAUGCAGACUGAGUCGAAAAGAGAACACACAGAAUGCUGUUGUAUAAAACACCUGUCUCCGGAUUAUUUCUUCAAACUAAGGGCAACUAUGGCAUCCGUGACAGAGUGGGAUAAGCGUCCAUCCCUGUAUACGGGUAAGAGAGUCUAGCUAGCUACAUUUUCAGAUAUUACACGUUUCUAAUUUUGUCAGAAAGUCAUUUUCAUUUUAAGUUAAAGUGAACUGUUCGCUAGCUAGCUAACGUUAGCUGGCUGGCUAACUAGCUAACAUUACGUGUAUGAUCUGUGUAGUAAUAUUCUUUGUAUCUCAGAACCAUUUGCAUUGCUAGUUAUAGCGUAAUGUUAGCUAGCUACCAUUGAACCUGGUUGGUUAGCUACCUGCAGAUUCAGGCAGGGUAGUAAGGUAAUGAGUUGGGAUUAUGGUUCAUUGUUUAGCUAGCUAGCUACAUGUGUAAAAGACUCCACUAUGCAAGUAACUAUUUCAAUAGAAUGUUUAUGAUGUCACUGCGACAGCUGUCGAUAUAUACGUAGCUAGUAAAUUCGCUCUGGCUAUCUACUCCGAUUUCAGAGCACUCUCGUCUGAGUGAGGUUACACGUUUAUCAACUUUCAAAGCAGAAUUACUUUCCCAUUGUUCCUGAAUUGUAGUGUAUGAUAUACCAUUUUCUAGCUCUGAGUCUCUACUUUUAUCCAAUGUAAAAAACACAAUUUCAAAUUUUGCUACAUAAGACCGAAUCGAGCAGAUCGGUCAUAAAUAAGUUAUUUCAGCAUUGUAUUUUUAUAAAUGUGCACGAUUUUCUAAAAACGUGUUUUUGCUUUGUCAUUAUGGGGUAUUGUGUGUAGAUUGAUGAGGAUUUCUUUUUAAAAAUCAAUUUUAGAGUAAGGCUGUAACAUAACAAAAUGUGGAAAAACGGAAGGGGUCUGAAUACUUUCCAAAUGCACUGUAUUAAUUACACUUUGGAUGGUGUAUCAAUACACCCAGUGACUACAAAGAUACAGGCGUCCUUCCUAACUCAGUUGACGGAGAGGAAGGAAACCGCUCAGGGAUUUCACCAUGAGGCCAAUGGUGUCUUUAAAACAGUUAGAGUUUAAUGGCUGUGAUAGGUGAAAACUGUGGAUGGAUCAAUAACAUUUUAGUUACUCCAUAAUACUAACCUUAGUGACAGAGUGAAAAGAAGGAAGCCUGUACAGAAUAAACAUAUUCCAAAACAUGCAUCCUGUUUGCAAUAAGGCACUAAAGUAAAACUGCAAAAAAUGUGGCAAAGAAAUGAACUUUAUGUCCUGAAUACAAAGUGUUGUUUGGGGCAAAUCCAACACAUCACUGAAUACCACUCUUCAUAUUUUCAAGCAUGGUGGUGGCUGCAUCAUGUUAUGGGUAUACUUUUAAUCGGCAAAGACUAGGGAGGUUUUUAGGAUAAAAAGAAACAGAAUAGAGCUAAGCAAAGGCAAAAUCCUAGAGGAAAACCAGCUUCAGUCUGCUUUCCAACAGACACUGGGAGAGAAAUUCACCUUUCAGCAGGACAAUAACAUAAAACACAAGACCAAAUAUACACAGGAGUUGCUUAGCAAGACGACAUUGAACGUUCCAGAGUGGCCUAGUUACAGUUUGACUUAAAUCAACUUGAACAUGGCUGUCUAGCAAUGAUCAACAACCAACUUGACAGAGCUUUAAUAAUUUUUUUAAGAAUAAUGUGCAACUAUUGUACAAUCCAGGUGUGCAAAGCUCUUAGAGACUUACCCAGAAAGACUCACAGCUGUAAUUGCUGCCAAAGGUGAUUCUAACAGGUAUUGGCUCAGGGGUGUGAAUACUUAUGUAAAUUAGAUCUUUCAUUUUCAAUACAUUAGCAGAAAUGUCUAAACAUGUUUUUUCACUGUCAUUAUGGGGUAUUGUGUGUGUAGAUGUGUAUAAAUAAAUAAAUAAUAACAUUUAAUCCAUUUUUGAUUCAGGCUGUAACACAACAAAUGUGUGGAAUAAGUCAAGGGGUAGGAAUACUUUCUGAAGGCACUGUAAUCCCCUUCCUUAUUUUCACCAACGAAUGGUGGAAAAUACUUUUGACAUUCACCCUCUGUUUCCUCCCCCAGGCAGCUGUGGUUCUCCUGAGAUGAUCGACCAGUGGGUCCAUCUGGUCCACCAAAAGAACGCUCUGGUCUCUGAGGAGUCAGACCUUAUGGUGGCGUGAGUAUAUAGCCCCGUUUUUAUUUUAUUGACAUUUUUAUUCAUCACAUUUCAAUACUUAUUGAGUAAAGCUUUGUUUUCUGUGUAGCGCAUAAGUUCCCAAGCCAGUGGGGACACAGCAGCAGACGUCCCUCUCUCCACACUGUCACUAUUGUAUGAUCUGACCCUUAUUCAACAGUUACUUCCUUGUUUUGUUGCCUCAUGAGCUUUUGUCAGUGUGGGGGUUUGCUCACAGUUUACUAUAAGGCUCCAUUGACUGAAAACAGCCAGAAGCAGUCUUCUAGGUUGAGUCCCCCUGUUCUUAUCAAGCUGGUGUUUCCUUCUCUUGGCCGCUCAGGUCUCGACAGCUAGAGCUGGAGGACAAACAGAGCACGCUAGAGAUGGAGCUCAGACAAUACGAGCUGGAUGGUAAGUUACCCUACACAAACAGUUUCUUGUCUAUAUGAUGUUCACUGUAUUUCAAUGUGAGACAAAGACCGAAACGUUGCAUUUGUGUCACUAACCACGUUUCCAUCCACAGUUUUUAUGCGAGUAAAGUCAUACAAUAUUUUUUAAAAUCAUGACAGCUGUGAUGGAAACAGGAAGUUUCGGUACAACUUUAUAAAUGCAGACAGAUCAUUUGUUGGUUUGACAUGGUGUGAUCUUUUUGUGUAAAAUAAAUUAUGUGAAAAAUGGCAGUGUAAACACCUUUAUGCGCAAAUAUUUAUAUAAUAUCCAUUAUAUCGAAGUAAACUUGGAGUCACACGAUGACAUGGUGUGUGGUCCUCCCACUAUGACUCUGAAAACCAUGCAGUUUAAAUUAGGCUAUAGAUUAAAUAAGUUAUGAUGAACUUCACAGGGUGGUGAAAGUGCACGGUAUGAGCUUGAUGCUUCUUUCCAAUAAAUGUUGAGGGUCUUAUUCUGGUGACAUGAUGAUCGAUGCUUGACUGCCGUUUCGACAAAUAAAAACAUUCUCUCUCUUAUCCAUUAUCUCAUCAUGUAGACUAGCCUACCCACAGAGCAGUGGAGGCUGGUGGGACAGGCUCAUUGUAAUGGCUGGAAUGGAAUCAAAUGGCACGGAGUCAAACGUGGUUUCCAUAUGUUUGAUGUGUUUGAUACCAUUCCAUUAAUUCCAUUCCAGCCAUUACAAUGAGCCCGUCCUCCUAUAGCUCCUCCCACCAGCUUCCACUGCCGCAGAGCCUACCCUCACUGUCUGUAAGCUGUUGGCUAGAGCGCAUGUGCCAUGACCAGAGUAGUAUUUGCUAUUUAACGCACUGGUAGAGUUGAAAAUGUGAUAGAAACACAUUGAACAUUUCGAUUUUUAUCCGGUACAUGAAAACUUAUGUGAAAAAGUACAUUUUGUGUGCACUACAUCAUCACACACUGUGUUUUAUUCCUAACAAGUCCGUUUUGUUGGAAACACACCACUGGUGGGAAUAUUUUCUUUAUGUGGAUUUGAGAAUAUUUGCAUGAAAGUCUGUCGCCAAUUGGAUGGAAACCUAGCUACUGAUAGUAUUGUUGAGAGAUCACUUAUUGGGAGCAGCAAAUAGUGUGCGGAUAGACUUCUUUCUGUUCAGCUCCUGUUCAAAGUUUGUCAUUUUCAUUGUGUCCGUGUCCACCCCAGACUCUGAGAAGACGGCGGAGCAGCAGGCAGAAGAGGACCGUGUGCUGCAGGAUAUGCUGGAGGUGGUGGACAUGAGGAACUCUCUGGUGGCCUUCCUGGACGAGAAGAGACUCAAAGAGAUGGAGAGUGAUGAGCAGCAGGCCACCUCGCUGCUAGAGGUCAAGAGAUACCCUACAGCCACAGCAGGGGCACAGGUGUACUGGGCGUGAGGGCGACUUGGGACGUAAUAUACACCGGCUGUACAAAACUUUAGGAACACCUCAGAACAAACUCAAUUUGUCGGUGCAUGGACACUACAAGGUGUCGAAAGCGUUCCACAGGGAUGCUGGCCCAAGUUGACUCCAAUGCUUUCCACAGUUGUGUCAAGUUGGCUGGAUAUCCUUUGGGUGGUGGACCUUUCUUGAUACACACGGGAAACUGUUGAGCGUGAAAAACCGGUGCGUCUGGCACCUUCUACCAUACCCCGUUCAAAGGCACUUAAAUAUUUUGUCUUGCCCAUUCACCCUCUGAAUGGCACACAUACACAAUCUUUAACCGGUCUCCUCCCCUUCAUCUACACUGAUUUGAAGUGGAUUUAACAAGUGACAUGAAUAAGGGAUCAUAGCUUUCACCUGGUCAGUCUGUCAUGGAAAGAGCAGGUGUUCCUAAUGUUUUGUACACUCAGUGUAUAUGCACACACACACAUACAAACAGUAACACACAUACACGUACAGGUACACCCACUGCCACAAACACACACACACACAUAAAAACAUGUGCAGUUACAUACACACUUAAAUAUAUUAAGAGAGACUUGCUGCUUACAGACACACACACAUAUUCUUGCAUUUGCAAAGCCAAAGAUGUAUUUCUCCACAAGUGUUGUGCUCAGUGUUGAGCCACAGUGUACUGACCGAAUCCAGAGGCAACGACACAGACCCUGGCCUGGAGAACUGGCUGUCCUUCCUGGCCUGUCCCCACGGGCAGUCCAUCCGCAGUCAAGGCAGUCCUGCUCCAGCAACCGCCCUAAGGACAGAGGGACCACCACAGCCAGCUGAACUCACACCAACCUCACUGAGGACCUGCUGA